AUGGUGGGUGAGUCGUUGCGAGACCGUUUGAUGGCGCUGGAGAGUGCUGGGGAGUUGUCUACAUUAGUGCGACGUGUGCGUGUGCGCACGGUUGGCUGUGUGGCAGAGUUGGAUGACCCGCGUGUGGCGUUAACGGCUCAGACGGCUCAGUUGUUGACAGCUCUUGGGCUCCGAGUAUUGGUUGAGACGGGUGCGGGUGUGCAGUCGCAUGUAACCGAUGACCAGUACCGCGCUGCCGGUGCAAGUCUUGGCGAUCGAGACCAUGUCUUGGCACAGGCAGACGUCCUGUUGCAAAUAAACCCGGCUCUUAACCCAGCCAGACGCGAACCGGAGACUGAUGAACAAGAUAUCGAACGGUUGGAGAAACCACAGACCACCAGAAUCGAAACCGAAACAAAUGUCUGUGACUCCACUGCUCCCGGUUUAACCACCGCUGCCGGUUUAACCACCGCUGCCGGUGUAACCACCGCUGCCGGUGUAACCACCGCUGCCGGUUUAACGGGUGCGUUAAGGCCAGGUACGGUGUUGAUAUCGUUAUUACAGCCAGCGCAGAACGCGGCGGUUGUGUCCGAGUUACGUGCCAAGGGGGUGUUGGCCUUCGCGCUGGACCAGGUUCCGCGUGGACCGCGCGCGGCGGCCUUCGAUGUUGUCGGUAGUCUGGCUCAGAUUGCGGGUUGCCGCGCAGUCGUGGAGGCCUCGCAGCAUUUCGGCCGCUUUCUGGGCGGCCAGAUGACGGCCGCUGGGCGCAUCCCACCGGCCCUGGUUCUAGUUUUGGGAGCUGGAGCUGCGGGACUCGCCGCCGUCGAAACGGCAAAGAAAAUGGGCGCCGUCGUGCGAUGCUUCGACACACGUCUACACACCCGAGUAGCAGUCACCGCACUCGGCGCAGAAUUCCUCAGCCUACCUGCGCCACACGAAGGUGCAGACCCCGCCACCUUCGUAGCCGCAGAAGAGGCACUCUUGCAAACCCAAACCGCCGAAGUAGACAUAGUCGUCGCAGCCGCCGUUGUACCCGGUCGCUCGCCUCGCCUAAUCUCACAACACAUGGUCGACGCUAUGCGCAGAGGCAGCGUCACCGUCGACCUCGCCGCUGCCGACGGGGGCAACAUCGAAACCACCGUCCCCGACACCGUCUACCUCACGCCCAACGGCGUCACCUGCAUCGGCUUUACUGAUCUCACCACUCGCGCGCCCGCCCAGGCUUCUCAAGCUUUCGCUCGCAGUGCCGCCAA